ACCGAGAUAUCGCUGGAUAGUACUGUGAUCAUUGACUACUCUCUGUUCUCCGUCGACUGUCUCCGUUCACCGCCCGAGUACAGCCAGUUCCUGACCGUUGCAGAUCCCACGGCGAUCUGCAGUUCCCUAUUAAAGCCAGAAAUUCAUUCCGAACCUUCACCCGGCAGACCAGAACUGCUUUGUCACUUAGAUGAUACCUACUCCCGAACUCCGAGAAGAGGACGCAGACUGCAGAGAUCACGUCGGAGUGGUCGCAGCUGGGCCUCAAGAACAAGAUGGACUUAAACCUGGGCAGGCUCGCGACGUUGCAAGAAAGCGGACCCGUACCGGCUGUCUGACGUGUCGACGAAGACGCGUGAAAUGCGACGAAGCGCAGCCAAAAUGCGCACGAUGUGUAAAAGCCAACCGCGUAUGCGAAGGCUACGUCAACACAUCCUUUGAUCCCGGCGCCUCGGAUGCCGGCCAGGUCCCGCGUCAAAUCUCAUACGUGUGGUCCGCUCCAACUGGUGGUCAGGACGGGAACCGUUUACACUCCUCUUAUGCGGUGCCCGAGUUUCGGCAGGUCGGUGUGCCGGCUGGAGUAGCUUAUUCAAGCGCGGCACCUGGAGUCUGGACUGGUCAACAGGCGGUUCCGGCAGGAGCUAAUGGCGGUCAAUACGUACUGUCGCAUAUUACACUUCAUGAAAUGCCUCCCCAAGGCUCGGAUGAAACGCAAUUAUCCCGCGCGCCCACGACGCAGGCAAUCUUGCCACCGAACCUCACCUUCAGCGAGGAAAUUGAAGCGUACCUUUCGGUCGACGACACUCUGAUUCCUGGCUACAUGGUUCCCUCACUGUUUGCUCCGCCUCCUUCCCAUGCCGACGCUGACUCCGGCAUCCGCACCACCGCUUUCCCUUACUACCUUGCGAUGACCGAGUCUGUCGAUCCAGCGACGUCUCUGGUGGGUUACAGGCCCAGUCCUACCCAGUCCCCUCUGAUGCACCCGGCUCCCCAGAGAAUGUUUAGUCACUUUGUCCACGUCGUUUCUUGCCAGAUCAGUUUGUUUGAGCGGCACGUGCCAGAUCCGGCCCGGUUGAUACUGGUAGCCUCGCAGUCGACGAAUAAAAUGCACGAAACAAACAUCUGGACCUAUCAGGUGCCAUUGAUGGCACUUCAAACUCCAGCACUGCUUCAUGCGAUCCUGGCAGUGUCGGCAUUACACAUUGCUGGUUUGUCGACAGUGAAACUCGAGUCGGCGGCCGCGCACCAGCAUGCCUCUUUGCUGCACUACCACCUUGGAAUCCGCCGUCUAUCCAAAGCGCUAAGAGAACGAAAGAACAUGGGCUCACGACGAAUCGGAACUACUCCCUCGGUAGCAAACGGCGACAUGGGCAUUUUCGCCGCAACUCUCGUGCUAGCUCACUACGAAAUCACUACAGGAGAAUAUGACAAAUGGGCGCGCCAUCUGAUGGGCGCAAGUAAUCUCAUCCGGGAAUGGGAUAUCCCAGCGAUCAUUGCCGACCUAGCGAUCUCGGACAGCGAGCUUGACCAGGCCGAUCGCGCUGCCUCGGCUUCGGUAUUCAGCAAGCUGACAGCGGAGGAGCGCGCGGCCGAGCAGGCAGCUCGUGCUCGGAGGAGCUAUCUGCGACAGCGAAAGUCGGAUGCGAUACUGUUUAUGGACUUGCUGUACUUUUAUCUGCGGAUGCAGAUCAUGCAGGCUAUUGCGCUCGAUACGGCUCCAUAUAUCGAAUCUGAGUUCUGGGAUCAGAUUCCGUCGCGGACGACGAACGACACGAUCCGGCUGUACGAUUCUUCGAUGAAGUUGACGGUCCGGUUGCUGCAUUUCAUUGUGCGAGAGAGCAAUCGGAAACGAAAUAAGGGCGAGUCGAAUUUCACCUUUGCGGUCUCCUGUCGCGAAUGGGGAGAGCUCGAUGCGCUGUAUCUGGCGUUGGAGGAAGAGUUUUUGGAGACCCGGCAUCCCGCGAACGGUGUGCCGCUAGCGGAAGCGGGUGCGUCGCUAUUUGGACCGCCGCUGUGGUAUCCCGAGAUCCAAGACGGGGUCUUGCGCAUGUAUCUGGCGAUGUGGCGGUUGUUUUUGGUGCGCAAUAAGCCAGGGUCGACUACGUAUCCUGCGAUGACGGCGGGUUUGUCUAACGUGCGGGAGACAGCGCAGCAGGGGAUGUUGUCGACUAUGGUGAUCUGUCGAACUGCCGAGGGUAUCGUUAUGUCAGGUGCUCCUCGACGGUCGGUUUCGGUGGACCAGCAGCAGCAGAGCAGUCAGACAGAGCAGGAUCAGGACAGUCGGGACAGUUCACCCGGAUUGCAGGACAGCAAUCUGUCGCUGAGGUACGUGAUUAGGAAAAACUCCCCGUCGUUAAUGAGCGCGCCGGCGGUAUCGGAUCUCGAGGGGAAAGUAGGCCGGAGUCCGACGUCGGCUGCUGCGUGGGUGUGUAUGUCGAUGCCGUUGUUAUAUGCCGGUCCGCAGAUCCAGGAUAAGACGCAGCGAGCAUGGCUGUGUGGUGUUUUGGAGGAAACGUACGUGGCUACGGGGUGGAAGACGGCGAUGAUUAUACGAGAGGGGUUGGAGCAUAUAUGGGCUCAGAAGUGCACGCCUGACUUUUGCGAUCGGGUGCAGGCGCUGCAGGAGGAGAGGGAUGAGGAGAUAGAGAAAAGGAUGGGGGCGGUUUGAUUGGAGUUAUAGAUCCCUCGCUCGGAGUUAUGAAAUGUACUGUAGGGAUUCAACAAUAAAACAGCUUAAAUAACAAAUAAACAACA